AUGGGUGCUCUAUCCGGUCUCGAUUCUCGUCACCGUUUGGCCUUUCCGGGUACGCCACCAGAGCUGGUGAGCCCGAGCUCAUCCAGUUACUCCUCAAGACCGUCCGAGGGGGCUCCAGUGUCUCCUCCCAUGUCCAACUAUGACCCCUCAACAACGGUCGAUGUGCUAUCCGGAAAGCCGUCAGACGACUCAGUAAACAUGAGGAGGGCUCUCUCGAGCCAGAGCAGCACCCGGCACAAUGAAGACCACCGGGAACCACAGCAGCGGCAGCAACAUCUGCCCAAGCUCCCACCUCUGAGCAGCAUCCUGACCAUGGCACAGGACAGCAUGCUUGCGCAUUCACCAUAUGAGGAGCGCCGCGCUUUCUCAACUGGCACAUCACCGCUGGAUCGGCCGCAAACAUCAAGCAGCCUGCCAGUACCAAAUAGGCCCUACUCUCCCUCAUAUUUCCCACCCACCGGCGCAUGUAGCUCGUCGUCAGCCCCUCACUCCAAAGGCUCCCAUCCUCCAAGGUUGGAGGAAAGGAAUCCGUUUCAUUCCGUGCCGAGGGGGCCAUUCCCUGGCCCUCUGUCCCCUCCACACCGCGAGUCAGACCACAGGCGAGCAGACAGGACACCGGAAGAGUAUGUUCCACGCGCUGCGGGGGAGUACUCCCCUAACAGCAGGUACUCGUACAGAAGUCAGUCGGAUCGAUACCCCGUGUCCAUGCCGCUCAUCAGCAAUCACGGUGUCAAGCGCGACUACGACCACCCUUCCGGACCGGCCCCAUACAGAGACGCCCAUCACCAGCGGCCGACCACGCACACACACGCGGCGCCCUCGCCCCCGACAGCUGCCAGUAGCAUCGUCUCUCCCGAGGGCGUACCAUCUAAGGACGGACUUGGACCCAAGAUCUGGACGGGCACGCACUUCCUGCCACGCUUUGUGCGCGCGGCAGAGGUCCCUGGUGAGGGCAUGUGCUACUUUUACGAUGACGGCAGCCACUGCAAGACUGUCAUUGACGGCGAGGUCGUCAACGCACACUGGGGAGUCACCAAGGCGGGCAAGCCGCGCAAGCGCCUCGCAAUUGCCUGCGUGACAUGCCGUGAGAAGAAGAUUAAGUGCGACCCCGAUUACCCGCGUUGUGUUCAGUGCGAGAAGUUUGGCCGCGUGUGCAAGUUCAAGAAUGCCCCGCGGGGCGGCAACAACACCAGCCCCUCGACGCCGCCGGCCGAGCUGGCCGACGACGUGAGGCCUAGGAGCAAGAACUCGAGCGCCAGCGUCUCGCCCAGGACAAUACCAGUCUCAGAGAUGAGGGAGCGGGAUGGCAAGAGGCCGAGGUAUGCGUACGAGGUCGACUACAGCCAACAGAGGCACCACUCACCCAGGCAACAGCACAAGACCUUCACGCACCCGCAGUCUCAUUCACACUACUCCCACACGCCGCCGCCACCGCCACCUCCGCAGCCGCAACAGCAGCAUCCCCACCAGCGGGCUUAUCCACCUCCUCAAUAUUCAUACCAACAUCAACCUCCUCACCACCAGCAUCCCCACCCACACGGGAACUACCACAGCCAGCCGUCGAGCGCCGUCGGUGCACCGGGUGAGCGGCCCUCGCCCAUAUCAUUGCCAUUGCCGCUUCCCACGCUCCCCAGGGAAGGCAGUAGGACACCGUCUUCCUGGAACCAGCCUGAGCUGCCUAGGAUACGGUAA